AUACCUACAUUCGAAAGAUCGAAUCGAAAGCUCAAUCAAAGCAAAGCUAAGCUGUCAGUCAAUUCAAGUUAGAAAAUCUAAUCAAAAAGCUGUUUCCUUUUGUGAUUGUUAUAUACCUAGGUAUGUACUUUGGUAAUUUUGUAUUUAAAAAAAAAUAGAACUAAUAUUGAACAAAGAAGCAAAAGAGAACAACAGAUACGUAUAAAUCGAAAAAUUGCUGUCUGUUUAUUAUUAUUACCUGGAAUAAAGAGACUAUAAAAUGGUUCCUAGAAUUAAAUAUCUGCAUUUAUUAAGUUAUGCAUUAUUGUGUUUAUUGUCAAUAUUGCCAUGGACGCGGUCAGAGCUGUUUACCGCCAUUGCAGAAGUGGAACACCUACUGGAGACGCACCAGAGGAUCAUAGACAACUUAGAUCACUAUAUCAAAGCAGAAGAGAACAGGAUCCUAAUUUUAAAGAAACAUUUGAAUCACUAUAAAAAGGAACAAGAGAAAGCCAUGGAAGACAUACCGAACUAUUUAGGAAACCCAAUUAAUGCCUUCACCCUCAUCAAAAGACUGACUACAGAUUUGGAUGCAAUCGAAUCAAGUAUUAAAAGUGGCACAGAAAAGUUUAUAUUUGAAUACAUAAAAAAUGUCACAUCGUUCCAAAAUGAAGUGAAAUAUCCGAGUGAAGAAGACUUGUCAGGCGCUGCGCACGCGCUUAUACGUUUGCAGGAAACCUACAGACUCAACGCCAAGGAUUUAGCUGAUGGAAUACUGAACGGCAUCGUCUAUAGCCUAGAUGGUUGCAUGCAUGCUGAUACUUUUUUCAGUACUCCUAUGACUACUAGUGAUUGCUUCGAACUUGCAAAGGCUCUUUAUUCUGACAAGGAUUAUAAAAAUGCUCUACCGUGGCUCUUAGAGACUUUGCGCAAGUUCAAAGAAAAAGACGAAAUAUACCAAUUUGACGAAGUGGACAUUUUGGAAUACAUUGGAUUUAGUCAUUACCUAUUAGGUAAUGUAAGAGAUGCGCUAAAAUGGACAAAGAAAUUGCUGGAAAUUGAUCCCAACCACUCUCGCGCCAAGGGCAAUAUACCUUACUUUGAGAAAAUGAUUAAAGAAGAGGAAGCCAAAAUAAAAAAGCGCCAAAGAGGGGAAACACUUGAAGAUGAAAACACAACAAAUUCAAGCGAAGAUGAUAAUUACCAGAAGGACCACAUGCGAUACGAAUCACUAUGUCGCGGAGAAAUGGAGCUGCCUCCCGAUUAUUCAAAAACAUUAUUUUGUCGUUAUAUGACAGAAAACCAUCCGUUCCUAAAAUUGGCGCCAAUCAAAAUGGAAUACGUAUACAGGCAGCCCGAUGUCAUUGUCUUCCACGAAGUUCUGAGUGACAGCGAAAUAGAAUUCAUUAAAGCCAAAUCAUUGCCGAGGUUCAAACGCGCUGUGGUCCACGACCCGAAAACCGGUAAUCUUGUUCCGGCGCAGUACCGGAUCAGCAAGUCGGCGUGGCUGCGCGACGAGGAGUCGCCGCUGAUCGCGGCCGUGUCGCGCCGCGUCGCCGACUUCACCGGCCUCAGCAUGUACUCCGCUGAGGACUUGCAAGUCGUCAACUACGGCAUUGGGGGACAUUACGCGCCUCAUUAUGAUUUCGCUCUUAAAUCUGAACACGCCUUCGACGGGUUCGAGGGUAACAGAAUCGCAACGGUCUUGUUUUACAUGUCGGAAGUGGCGCAAGGUGGCGCCACAGUGUUCAUGCGACUGGGAAUCAGCGUAUUCCCUAAGAAGGGGGCGGCGUUGUUCUGGAUGAACCUGCACCCGUCGGGCGCUGGCGACGUGUCCACGAGGCACGCCGCCUGCCCCGUGCUGCGCGGAUCCAAAUGGGUUUGCAACAAAUGGAUCCACCAGGGCGGCCAGGAGUUUCUGAAACCCUGCAAUUUAAACUAUCAGGAUGAGGAAUACCUCCAUAAGAUACCCAAAGCCAUUUCGAAGACGUCAAGGUAGAUAGUUCAAUGGGUAAGAUGAAUUUUGUAAAGUACUUUAUUACUUCGAAAUAUUUUUUCACUGCCCAGUAAUAAUAUAUUAUUUCAUGUUGAAAAGGACUGCUGGUGCAUGAGACUGAUUGGUUCGAUGAAACAAAUAUUAAUUUUGAUAUAUUAAGUGCUUGUUUCACCGCUCGCUGAUAAAUUAUCUGAUAGCCUAUAUGUAAGGUAUUAAACAGAUAGCGUUGGAAAUUGUGUUUCACAUAUUGGACAGUAUUAUUGGCCAAUCAAAUCAGGCAGACUUAUCUAGCAGUCUGAUUUAUCUGUCAGAUUUUACAACAUAACAUUUUAUCGGGACGAUGUGAAACAAGCCCGUAAAUUACUUUAAUCUAAACUAUUCCAGAUCUAAAUUGGUUAAUUAUUUGAAUAUCUAAUUUAACUUAGAGAAUUCUAGUUUCCUCGAUUUAGUCUUAUGGUGAGCCUGUUUAGUAGAAUGACAAUUAUUAUAAAAUUUUAAAAUUUAAACAACCAUGACAAUAUACAUGAAAUCGGAUUUAUUUUUAGUUUCAUACUGAGCACAGAAGUGUAUAAUAUUUAUUGUAUUUUCUUCAUUAGUUUAUAAUGUUUCGUUUUUAUUGAGUACAGAAGUCACAAAUUAUAAUAAGUCUAAACUGAUUUUAAGUUUAAAAUGUGAACACAAAAACCAAAUACACAAACGGGCUUAUUUUAAUACCUCCAAUGUUUUAGGACCUAGUUAUCUUCUUUAGUCUCAUGCUGUGCAUUUAGCCUAUUUAUCAAAUCUCUAUGUUAGAAUAAAAAUCUUGCCAAAUAAAAUGACAGUAUGCUUAAUAUAGAAUAAAUUUUUAUCUGUGUAUUUACAAGUAAUGACGAGGCUUAAGUUAUUCAAAGCAAUGGAGUUAUGUCGUUGAUUUGUUUUGUCGGUUAUGCAGACUACAUAUUUUUAAAACCAAUACUUACACUUUUAAAAAAGUUGCAAAUGAAAACAUGCCAUAAGAAAUAAAAUGACUGUGUCUUCAGUAUUUAAUCUACUCGAGUCACAUAGAUGAAUAUCAUUUUUACCAUUAUGUUAAGUACCUACUAAUAAAAGAAGAUUUCGUUUUGUUAUUUUCUUUUUGUUAACUAUGAAUACAUUUAUGCCAUACAUUUGAUUCUUACGUUAAAAGGUACAAAUUGUUUAAGUAUUUAUACUUACUAAACAUGUAUUGAUUUAAUAAAUGUAAGCAGUCUAUA